AUGGCUCCUGAAAACGAAUUUGAAUUUGACGAGAAUUAUGAAAAAACGCCCCAAGAACAGGCCAAGAUUAUGGAAAUGGUGAAGAAGUGUUUUCUCUUCUCAGCCGUAUCUUCUGGUGGUCUAGAUUUGCUGGUAAAGGCGUUUGAUUUCAAAACUGCAAACGCGGGAGACGUCUUGGUUAAGCAGGGCGACGACGGAGAUAAGUUGUAUCUAAUAGAGUCAGGCACCGCAGACGUGACGCGCAGCUCUAAAUUGUCUGGCAAUGAGUUUUUAACUACGCUGAAAGAUGGUGAUUACUUCGGUGAACUGGCUCUAAUGUACAACGCGCCGCGUGCAGCAACUGUCACCGCAAAAACUGAGAUGAGACUGUGGACUCUCGACAGAACCACGUUCAACUACGUCGUCAAGUCAGCAGUAAUCAAGAAGAGGGAGAAGUACGACUCAAUGCUCUCAAAGCUGGACAUAUUUAAGAAGGUCUGCCCCUACGACAGGUGCAGGCUGGCUGACGCACUAGUCGAAAGGACGUUCAACGACGAAGUUAUCAUAAAGCAGGGAGAAAUGGGCUCGAGUCUCUUCAUGCUGCUGCAGGGCUGCGCAGAGUCGUUCUGUGAAAAUAAGCUAGUAAAGUCAUAUAAACCAGGUACCAUUAAGUCACACAUGUUCUCAGGGUACUGCGAACUAGUGGAGUUGGACAGGGAGAGCGUCAUUAACCUACUCGGGCCACUGCAAGAUGUGCUGAACAGGAACAUUAAGAAGUACAAGCAGGUGCUGGAAGACCUCGAGAUCCAAAGCCCUCAACUCAAGUGCCUUUAA